AUGAUACAUUUGUUACAGAUUGAAAGAAUGUCACAGGUAGGCGGAGAGACCGUAGCAAAAAAUGUAAGAAAUAUAAUGAUCCAAACUAUUGGAUACGAAGCUGCACAAGCAUAUACCUGGGCAGGACAAAAAAAGAAUACUUUGUCCAUGAAAAAUUCAAAAUUAUCGGAUACAAUCAUUGCGAUUGUUUUGAAACGCGAUAAAAGCACAAUCGCCGAAAUUGAGUCCUGUAUGCAGGAAUGGUUGAGACGAUCCGGCGAUAGAAUGAGGGCAUUAAUGAAAAAAUGAU